UGCCCGCGGCGGAAGCCUCGCGCGCAGCGGCUGCCUCGCCAGCAGCGGCAGCGCCAUCAGCAGUGGCCUUGCCCGCGGCGAAGACCUCGCACGCGGAGGCGGUCUCGCCUGCGCCAGCCAUGCCCGCGGCGGAAGCCUCGCGCUGCGCCUCGCCAGCAGCGGCAGCGCCAUCAGCGGUGGCCUCGCCCGCGGCGGAGACCUCGCACGCGGAGGCGGUCUCGCCUGCGCCAGCCAUGCCCGCGGCGGAAGCCUCGCGCGCAGCGGCUGCCUCGCCAGCAGCGGCAGCGCCAUCAGCGGUGGCGUCGCCCGCGGCGGAGACCUCGCACGCGGAGGUGGUCUCGCCUGCGCCAGCCAUGCCCGCGGCGGAGGCCUCGCGCGCAGCGGCUUCCUCGCCAGCAGCGGCAGCGCCAUCAGCGGUGGCCUCGCACGCGGCGGAGACCUCGCACGCGGUGGCGGUCUCGCCUGCGGCAGCAGCGCCGUCGGCGGUGGACUCGCGCGCGGCGGCGGCCUCGCCCGCGGCGUCGGCCUCGCGCGUGCUGGCGCUCUCGCGGGCGGCGGUGCCCUCGCCCGUGGCGGCGCUGACGGCGGUGGCGGCCAGGGCCGGGAGUGCUGGCUCGCCCGCUGGCCGCGGCAGCCCAGGGGCCUGCCGGUCUCCGGCGCAGUCCCUGCUCAAGCGCAACGUGGAGGCCUUCCUGCGGAGGUGCGACAGCGCCAGCAGGCACUCGGACAGCCCCUCGGGCGGCCCGCCGACCCCGGCGCACGGCGGGGGCGCCGCCGCCGGCGACCACGGCGCCGCCGCGGCCGCCAGGGGCCUGCUCGGCGACGCCACGCCCGCUGGCGCCGCGGCCAGCGCCGAUGCCGCCGCGGCGUCCGCGGACGGCAGCGAGGCGUUGUCGCCGGCGUCGCUGCAGGACACCGCCGCGGCGGCGGCCGCGGCGGCGGCCGCGGCCACGGAGAGGAGGCUGGCCCGGCUCGUCGCCGCCGGCGGGAAGCCGCGCCCGAAGCCCACCCCGAUCGACACGAGCUCCGGGCUCCCGAUGGCGGCCCAGCCGUCGAUCGACUGAGCGGGGGGCGGGGCGGCCCCCGUGCUUCCCCAGCGCGCGCCCAGAUGGUGCCGAAAAGUGCAGUGCCGUUUUUUGAUACAUGCUCCGCGUGCGGGUCAUGUAUGAAAAAUGCAUGGAUCUAGU